GAAGGGGUUCUAACCAGUGGAGUUAUUGUCAAUCACAAUUCCUGGGAAAGACCAGGUGUGUCUGUUUUUGCUGAUAGAGGGCAUGCACAUGGUAAAGUGAACUAUAUAUAUAUUUAUAAGGAACAGCAGGUAGUUAAACUCAGAUUAGUGUGUACAAGACCAAUAGAAACAUGAUGUAUUGGAUGCUGAUUUUUCUCCUUCUUCAACCUUCAAACUCAUUUAUUAUAAGUGAUCUCCACACUUCUAGCUGUCCGCAUUACACCACAGUUUCCUCUUUCCUGAGCCACAUUGGGGUCAAUAUUCAUACAUCCGGGACAUUUGGUGUUAGUGACCUAGAUGUGACACACGACCCUAAGAGAUCAUCAUGCACCGUGCUUAAGGCAAAUUACGCCAAAGGAAGCCACUCACAUACGCGUGAUAGAACGAGAGGAGCACAAUUCUUUAUCACGCCAUCUGGCUAUCCAAAUGGUGCCACUGACGUCACUUUGAGCUAUGACGUAUACUUUCCGAGUUCAUUUUCAUGGGUGAAGGGCGGGAAACUUCCCGGUACUUAUGGUCACAGCACCCAUUGCUCUGGAGGACGGGAUUCAAAUCACUGCAUAUCCACCCGGUUUAUGUGGCGAGCUAACGGUGCAGCGGAAUUGUAUUUAUAUUUCCCCAAAAGCUCGCAGCCAAAUUUCGAUACUUGGGCUAAACACCAGAACGCAGAAAUCGUAACAAAUGACAAUUAUGGGGUUUCCAUACGCUCUCCAAAUUUUGUCUUACAUCAUAACCAGUGGAUAAAUUUGAAACAACAAAUCCACCUUAAUUCAGUCCGCAGUAGUGGCCACGGAAAUGCAGAUGGGUGGAUCAAGGUUUUUGUAAAUCAUGCGUCUAGUCCUGUCAUGUCAAUUCAAGAUGUUGUUUUACGGAAAUACGAUGACGUCAGAAUUGAUGGCAUCUUCUUCUCUACCUUCUUUGGCGGCCAUGAUGACUCGUGGGCGUCAGCGCACGAUACCUAUACUUUGUACAAAAAUUUCCAGAUUUCUGUGGGUCACCAUUAAAUCUAAAUACAAUAAAGUAGGUUUAAAAUUAUUCUAUUCA